GACGACCUGCUGCUGCCGACCCUCCCUGUAAAGUGUCCCGCCCGCCGCGGAUCCGGCCGCCCGUCGCGCCGCCGCCCCGUCGAGCCCGCAGGACCGGCUGGGAGGGGAGAUCAGGCUGGACUCGCCGCGGGGGACGGGGCGCCUCUCCGCCCGGCGGGCCGGGCCGUCCGCCGCCGCCGCCGUCCUCAGCCCUUGGCGGGCCCCGCCGCCCCCCGCUCCUCGGCGGGCGCCGAUCGCCCUCGCCCCGCAGAGCUGCCAAGCACAGCCCUCCCCGGCGGGCGGGCGGCCGUGGCCGCCGCCGUGCCCUCGCCCCUCGGUGCCCGCUGCCCCCGCGGCCAUGCUGCCCUGGGCUGGGGGGCGGCGGCGGCCUGAGCGGGGGUCGCCCUAGAGCGGCGGGAGGGGAGGGCGGGGGAGGCCACCCCGGGGAGCGCCGCCUCGGCCAGGGCCGGGCCCUGCCCGCGGGGUCUGCCGCCCGGGGGCGGGGAGCAGGCAGGGGGAAGGGCGGCGAGCGGAACAACUUCUGCAAAUUAAAAAAGGAAAAGGGGGAAAAAAAAAAAAAAAAAGGCUGUUUCGUGGGACAUCUUCAAAACUCAGCACCACGGCAGGCAUCCGAGCCCCAGUAAAAGCCAGUGAAUCUCACCACAGUAACGGGAGGGAAGCUGGCUGCGGCCGCUGCGCCCUAGUCCUGCACGCGUUAGAGUCGCCUUGGCUUUCUGGCUGGAAGAUGGUUCUCGCAACAGGACCGUGUUGCUGCUGGUGAACCGCGGGGUCUUUGGAAGAUGCCUUCCUUGGGGAUUACACGAGAAGAAAGGCCAUCGGUCAAGGGAAGAGCUGGCUGGUGAAACUGUCUGACUCCCCCCCCCCCCCCCCCCCCCCAACUGGGGAAGUGGCUUCAAUGGCUCCAUCUCCCAGGAGAAGCAGUAGGAAAGAUGCCAACGCCUUGCCAAGCAUGUCCUCAACUUUCUGGGCUAUCAUGAUCCUGGCUAGUCUCCUGAUCGCUUACUGCAGUCAACUGGCUGCAGGUACAUGUGAGAUUGUUACUUUGGACAGAGAUAGCAGUCAGCCCCGAAGGACUAUAGCCCGACAAACAGCUCGCUGUGCAUGUAAAAAAGGACAGAUUGCCGGUACAACAAGAGCAAGGCCAGCCUGUGUUGAUGCACGAAUUAUCAAAACAAAACAGUGGUGUGAAAUGCUUCCAUGUUUAGAAGGAGAAGGCUGUGAUUUGCUAAUCAAUAAAUCAGGCUGGACCUGUACACAACCAGGAGGACGGAUAAAGACAACCACGGUCUCCUGACAAAUGCAGCAACACAGAAUCCUCGUAGGAGUGGUUUAGGCUCUGUGUGAGCUACUUAGUCAAGUUUCACUGCUGUGGACCAUCAUCCGUUAUAUGUCAUCAACUCAACUGUCUGUUUCUCUGUAUCUCAUGAAUGACAGCAUAAUUCCUCUACAUUAUGAGCUAAAGUUUGUUCUACCAUACUAAGGAUCACUGGACUAAGGAAUAUAGAAAAAGAGAUAUGCUUGGGCAUUAGCAAUACAAAAAAGUUCAUGGUUAACGUUUCAUCUGCGUUAUACACCACUGCUGGACUUGCUGUUACCUACAUGUUUUAAUCUGAAGAGUCUGCUACAAUGAAGAGUAUCAUCCCAAUCAGCCUUAGAGAAGACUGUUUUGCCUAUGGGAGGACACUGAGGUGCAAAAGAGAAACUCUUCUUGUGCCCUAAACUGUCUGAAUUGCUUUUAUUUUCUUAUACUUUCAGUAUAUACAAUAGACCAAAGAGCAAAAUCUAUUUUAAAGAGGACACAAUCUUACUGUUAACAGAGUUAUGUCAUUAAAUUGUAGGAGGUCUCCACAAAGAUAUGAUUCCAGCUUUCACAAAGCUGAGGUGGUGUUGUACAGCAGAAGUCUUUAUGGAAAGCUGCAGUAAAAACUAACUAGCUCAGAGACCUGCUCUGAAACGCCACGUUUGAGAGAACAUAAUGGAGCACUGAGAGGAAACGACCUAUGUUUGAAAAACUUGGACAAAAAGAACACAAACUGUCUACACGGCACCUUUAUUCCUCUGUACUUAGAUUGACUUUCUCGUACUAAAAUCAUUUUCAGUUUUAACCAGUUAAACAUGCCUCUUCUACAGUUCCAUUUUUGAUAGUUAAAGUUGGAUAAUACAGUAUUUGCAAAGAGCAUGUUUGGUCAUCUGUGGCCUAUGUCUCAUCUGAUACACCAUUUAGCACCAGAAAACAAAUUAAAGAGAAAACAAAAGUAACACUUGUUUGAAAGAGAUCAUUAAAUGUAUUUUGAAAAGCCUAAAGUUAUAUAUUUAACAGUUUUUAUAUGUUGUAUAUUUGUAGAAAAUCCUAUUUAACAAUUAACGUGAUAACUCUGACAGUCAUGACAAGUGGUUCAGAGUUAAGUUGUGUUUUAUUACUUCAGUUGUCUCUGAAGUGACUGGUGUCGUUUGCUUUCUUCCAUUGGGACAUUCUGGAUGUAAAGCAUGACCAGAGAGGACUGUGUAGAACAAGCAAAGAAUAAUGUUGUUUAUAUUACAUAAAUGCAUUCAACCAUUGCACUGUUGGAAGGCAUUUUUUUAUUUUUUUUUAAUUUUAUUUUUUGUCUUUAUGUACUGAUAAAAAUAGAGUUUAAGAUAUUUUACUCAUUGCUUUUCAUAGCAAGGUUUGUUUUUCUUUCUUUCUUCCUCUCUUUCUGCCUCUCUCUCUUUCUCUCCCCCUAUUUUUAUGUAAGGGUCAGUUUGAAGCCUGUUCCUCGAUCCUGUUUUCAGUGUUUUACCUCAUUGUUAUAGAAAGCCCACUUUUUUGGCAUUAUUGGUUAGUGAAAAUUUAGCAAAGAUGAGGGGGAAACUAUGACAGAAGAGAGAAACAAACAAAACCUUGCUCCCUUUUACUGUACCUUUCAGUAUAUAAGUUUGGUACAUAUUGGUAUGAUGCAAUCAACAAGGGAGCUUAAUUUCUUCCUGGCAAAUGUAUUAUGGUUUCAAGUAUACUACCUAAUACUCCAAUUAACUUUUAGUGUUAUGCUAGUUCUAUUCUACUAAAGAAAAAUAUAUAGAGAUUGUUCAAGUGACCAUAGAUGAAAAGUACAAAAAGGAAAAGUUGAUUAAAGAAACGUUUUUAAAGCCCACUCUAAUACUGAGGCUUAUUUGAUGCAGAGAUUGCAGGAAACAUGAACUAUAGAUCAUUUUGUCUUCAAGUAAAAUAGAUAUAUAAAAAAUCCUUAUUUAAUCUUAGCAUUUUGACCAGUGUCAAAGUAGCAAUUAAAGCCCAGCCACUUGAAAAGUGUUAUGGACUGACUGCACUAUAAAUGACCAAUGUCAGGUUUAACAUGUCAUGCAAUAAAUGGUGGUAAAUACAUUUACUGUACAUGUAGACCUCCAGAGCCAGAUCUCUCACUCUACCAACUCUCUGUUUUGAUUUAUUUUAAAGGGAGUGUAGUAGCCUUAUUUAGUAAACACAGAACAAUUAAAGAUGUUACAUCAGUUUUGUUGCUUUACAGUAUUCAGUUUUGUGUUGGUUCAGCUAAAUUAUGAAAAAUAAAGAAAAUCCUUUUAUAAGUGAGACUUUUGUUCCCUGAGCAUGACGUCACUAAAGGAAUUUCACCAGAUGAUAAAUGAAGUGGGGACACAGAGAGGAAGACUUAAGUUGGAAUGGGAAAUUGAGGUCAUGGGUUCUGUUUUGAAAUUGAAGUUUUACCCUUCCCUUUUCAGGUCUUGGGUACAUUCAUUCUGGUAUGCUCAGUUAUAGAUCAGAUUAAGGUCAUCUAUUUUCUGGAAACCAGAUCCCCAUAGGGGAUCUAAGAGUAGACAUCUGAAAUCUUUACACCGAAAACCACACCUUACAAUCAGUUCUGAAUAUGCAAGCUUCUGUCUUUGUUUUCUAAGUACUUUAAGUGCUCAACAAAAGGUAGAUGUACAUUGAUUAUAAGGUCUUUUCUGGACAAGAAAUAUAAAAGAAAAAAGAUUCUGAUUAUUCAUCAAAUUCUAAUUGCUGAGUCUCCUGUGUACAACAGACACCUCAAGGCACUUAAAAUGUGUUUUGUACUUUUCCCUCUUCCCCCAAAAUGUACAGUUUCAAACAAAAUAUACUGGCUGCCUUUGUCACUGUGAAUUACUACUCCAAUAGCAGUGGUGAAAUGUUUCUCUCUCAGGAACAAUAUGUUUUCAGAAUAUUGUGAACUUCUCAUUUUACAAAACUAAGUUGCAUAAAAAAAUUGUUUGUUUCUGAAAGUAUUUUAUGUGCCUCUUCCAAAGCAAAAUUUGAAACACA